ACUUGAUUUGAGCCGAGCCGCCGCCACCCGGCUGCGGAAGGGUUAAGGCGUUGGGUGUCACCGCAGCCGCUCCCUCUGACAGACUGGCGGAGUCGCUGGCUGGCUGUGGCGGAGCCGGGCGAGCCGAGUCGCCAGAGAUGGAGACCGGCGAGCUGAGCAGCAUGGAGACCAUGGAGACUCUGACGGAGCUCGGGGACGAGCUCACCCUGGGCGACAUCGACGAGAUGCUGCAGUUUGUCAGCAACCAGGUUGGAGAAUUUCCAGAUCUGUUUUCUGAACAGUUGUGUGGCACCUUCCAGAACAACAGUGCGUGUAACGGAAAUGUAGCAGAUGUCUCAUCACAGAGGACCUUCAGCCAGGGACAGCUUCAGUCUUUCCCGCCUAAUGCAACUUCUCCCCAGCUUCAGGCAGUGCAAGUGAAAGUGUCCCAGUCAGCUGCUACAACGCCUGCCCAGCCGCGGGCUGCACCCCCUCUUCAACCUCGUCCUCAAGUUCAGCCUCGGCUCCAGCAACAGACUGUGAUGAUUACUCCAACUUUCAGUUCUGCUCCUCAGACACGGUUCAUUCAGCAACCUGUAAUUUAUCAAAAUGCAGCCACUAGUUUCCAAGUGCUGCAGCCUCAAGUACAGAGCUUGGUGACUUCCUCUCAAGUUCAGCCAGUUACCAUCCAGCAGCAGGUGCAAACAGUGCAAGCCCAGAGGGUCCUCACACAGGCUGCCAACGGAACUAUCCAGACACUAACCCCAGCCACAGUCCAAACAGUAGCUGCUCCUCAAGUCCAGCAAGUUCCAGUCCUUGUCCAGCCGCAGAUCAUCAAAACAGACUCAUUGGUUUUAACAACAUUAAAAGCUGAUGGCAGUCCUGUAAUGACUGCUGUUCAGAAUCCAGCCCUCACAGCAUUGACAACUCCUAUUCAGACAACAGCCCUACAGACUUUAGUUGGUAGCAAUGGGACCAUCUUGACCACUAUGCCCAUGAUGAUGGGAGGGCAAGAGAAGAUGCCCAUCAAGCAGGUGCCUGGUGGUGGCAAGCAACCAGAACCACCAAAGGAAGGUGAGAGACGAACAACUCAUAACAUUAUUGAGAAGCGAUAUCGAUCGUCCAUCAAUGACAAGAUUAUUGAACUGAAGGAUCUAGUCAUGGGAACAGAUGCCAAGAUGCACAAGUCUGGGGUAUUGAGAAAAGCCAUAGACUACAUUAAAUACCUACAACAAGUCAACCACAAGUUGCGACAGGAGAACAUGGUCCUGAAAUUGGCUAACCAAAAAAACAAGCUAUUGAAAGGUUUUGACCUAAGCAGUCUGGUGGACAACGAUGUGGACCUGAAGAUAGAUGACUUCAACCAAAAUGCUCUGCUGAUGUCCCCUCCAGCCUCUGAUUCAGGGUCACAAGCAGGGUUUUCUCCUUAUUCAAUUGAUUCAGAGCCAGGAAGCCCAUUGCUGGAUGAUGCAAAGGUUAAAGAUGAACCUGACUCUCCGCCUGUUGCCCUUGGAAUGGUUGACCGUUCACGGAUGCUACUUUGUGCUCUCACAUUCCUCUGCCUGUCCUUCAACCCUCUAACAUCUCUCCUAGAAGGCCAAAGGACAGCUGAUUCUGACAGUCCUGUACAUCAUGGCUCUGGGAGGAGCAUGCUGACAAUAGGUUCAGGUGCUGGUGGGUGGUUUGGCUGGAUGAUGCCCACACUGAUUCUGUGGCUUGUCAAUGGUGUUAUUGUCCUGAGUGUAUUCAUAAAACUGCUAGUGCAUGGAGAGCCAGUGACCCGGCUGCACUCCCGUUCCUCCGUGACCUUUUGGAGACAUCGGAAACAGGCAGACCUGGACUUGGCCAAGGGAGACUUUGCUGCUGCAGCAUCAAAUUUGCAGAUAUGCCUUUCUGCCCUGGGCCGAGCACUGCCUGCCUCUCGUUUGGAUUUGGCCUGUGGCCUGUCCUGGAAUGUGAUCCGCUACAGUCUCCAAAAGCUGGGGCUGGUGCGGUGGUUGUUGAAAAGGACGUCACGGCAGAGGCGAACCACAGAGGCUCCUGUGGGUUUUGAGGAUGAAGCCAAGACAAGUGCCCGUGAUGCAGCUCUAGCAUAUCAUAAGCUCCAUCAGCUCCAUAUAACUGGUAAGCUUCCAUCCAGCUCAGCCUACUCAGGAUUGCACAUGGCUCUCUGUGCUGUUAAUCUGGCAGAAUGUGCUGAGGAGAAGAUUCCACCAAGCACACUGGCAGAGAUUCACCUGACUGCUGCAGUUGGCCUGAAGACUCGCUGUGGUGGCAAGCUGGGCUUUUUGGCGAGUUAUUUCCUAAGUCAGGCUCAGAGCUUGUGCAGUUCUGAGCGCAGUGCCAUCCCUGACUCCCUGCGCUGGCUGUGUCAUCCAUUGGGACAAAAGUUUUUUGUAGAGCGGAGUUGGAAAGUGAAAGCUGCUGCCAAGGAGAGUCUGUACUGUGCACAGAGGAAUUCAGCUGAUCCCAUUGCACAGGUGCACCAAGCAUUCUGUGAGAACCUGCUGGAGAGAGCUGUUGAAUCCCUUGUGAAGCCUCCUGUCCCCAAAGGGACUGCAGGCCAAGAUGAUGAAGAGCCCUGUGAAUUUGCUAAUGCUUUGGAAUACUUGAAGUUACUUGGCUCCUUCAUGGACUCUUUGGGAAGUGGUACACCACCUUUUACAGGAAAUUCCGUAUUGAAGUCUGCCCUGGGGCCUGAUGUGGUCUGCAGGUGGUGGUCAUCAGCCAUCACUAUGACAAUCAGCUGGCUCAGGGGAGACGAUGCCGCUGUGAGAUCACAAUUCACCAAUGUGGAGCGCAUUCCUAAAUGUCUGGAGAUGACUGAGAAUGCCCUUGUGAAAUCUGUCUUCCAUGUGUGCAAAGCCAUGAAUGCUUCCUUGUCAAGUAAGGCAGAUGGGCAGCAAAGCUCCUUUGGUCACUGUGAAAGAGCCAGCGCUCAUCUUUGGAACAGCCUUAACAUGAGCAGUGGAGUUUCAAGCACAGGCCUGAACAACAUGAUUCAGCUGCUGGCCUGUGACCUGCUGCUGUCUCUCCGCACCACUUUGUGGCAGAAACGGAUGAACACCAGCCAGGCUGUGGGAGAGACCUACCAUGCUUCUGCUUCUGAGCUUACGGGAUUCCAGCGUGAUCUUGGCAGCCUGCGAAAACUGGCCCAUAGUUUUAGGCCUGCUUAUCGAAAGGUGUUCCUGCACGAGGCCACUGUGCGUUUGAUGGCAGGGGCCAGCCCCACACGCACUCAUCAGCUGCUGGAGCAUAGUCUCAGGCGUCGAACCCCUCAGAGCAGCAAGCAAGGUGAAUUGGAUGCUCUUCCUGGUCAGAGAGAGAGAGCGACAGCAAUUCUCUUGGCCUGCCGCCACCUGCCCCUCUCCUUUCUGUCAUCCCCAGGCCAGCGAGCUGUUUUGCUGGCGGAAGCAGCCCGUACUCUGGAGAAGGUUGGGGACAAGCGUUCCUGCAAUGACUGUCAGCAGAUGAUUGUGAAGCUGAGUGGGGGAACAGCCAUUGCCGCCUCUUAACCCUGGCAGAAAGAGGGGCAUAUUGCAGCUUCCCAUAGAACUGGAUUCCUGCCCCUUUGUAUACCCUCCUUCCUUUUUGAACACUGUUCUAGGUUAGGGCCAUGGAAAUUUCAUGAUGCAAAACACAGUAGGGUCUUGGAGCUAUCUACCUUUAUAUGGCUAGUGAAGUCCUCCAGGUGCAAUAGGAUGCCUACACUGGAGAGUGUUUUUUGUCACUGACAAAGAGCCUACAGCACCUUAGACUAGAGAAGCACCCCUUUCCCAUUUAAGGAGGGCUGGGUUCAGGAAGCUUGCUUUUCUGGCUUUUCACAUAACAGUUUAUGACCAGAACCUGUUUGAGGAGCUUGUGCUGUGGAGGCUGCAAAGAAGUUUCCUAAACCCUUUUCCAGCAUUUGGGAUGGCUUUUGAUUUGUGGGUCAAAUUUUAUGUGCUGAGGCAGGCCCAGAGAGGAUCUUCUAGCUAUGGUAACUUUUUCUGGUCUUCCCUGGGUUACUUUUUUUAUACAUACACACACACACACACAUAAAUCAAAGCCUUUCUAUAGAUUUUUUGUUUCUUGGAGGGCUUUGGGUGGUUAUGCUGGCUCUCCUGGAGAAGUGUAUCACAGUUUUUAUGCAAUUUGGGGGUUUUGUAGCAAUGUUUUGUGGCUUUACAAGCUAUAGGGAUAACAGUUAGGGUUUUUACAAAAUCUUUUCUGUCUCCUGCCUCUUAUCCCUCACUUUGUGUGAGUUUCUCUGUCUCCAGUCAGUCUGCAGCACUAUCACUAGCCUGGGUAACUGAGCCUUCUUUCCGUGUGCUGCCUCAUGGAUAAUGGAAAGGAGGAGGCAAAAUAUGGUCUAAGUUAAAAAUAUACUGGGAAUCUCUUUCUCACAUACUAAUUUCAAUGGCACUUUCUUCCAUGUUAGUGUGUUUAGGACACAGCCAUUAAAGACAGACUUGGCGCAUGCCUUGCAUCAUUAUUAUUUUAAGUGAACAUAGCUCUGUUCUGCUAUUUCCCAGGAUGCCAUGACAGUUAAGCAACUUUAAAGAUGGUUUUAUAUGUAUAGCAUGGUUGGGGAAAAAAUAGAAUGGUUGUAGCUGUGCCUCUUGUUGAGAGAACAGUUUGUAAGAAAAUGUGUUCUGCCUUGCAUAGAAUCUGAGUCUCACAAAUCCUUUUUGUCUGCCCCUGGCUAGUAUACAUUCUGUGUCUUUGCCUUGAGUCUCAUUUUUUUCUUUCCAAAUCAGUAGUAAUUCCUCUGUUUUUGAGAACAAAAGUACCUGAAGUCUAAACUUGGGAACACUUGUUUUUCUCUGGGAAUGCCCAUGGGUCUGUAUAUUGCAUUGGACUUUCUUCUGUUUGCUACUGCCUGCCUCUUGUAUAUACAGCUGGACACAGCUGUGGAAAUAGGACUUACAAUUAAUUUUCCUGCAAGACUCCAGCAAAUAACUUUCAGUUCAGAUAAACGUCUUGCAUCCUAAAAUCCAUAUCAUAGGAUGUCAGAUUUUCAAAUCCCAUUCUUGAAAGUGACCCUGAAUCUAAUAUCGUAAUAAAAUGUUAACUUCCAUUGUGUUGUGAAGGCUGUGACAAACUGCCUUUUCUCAAUAGUUCUGAAUAUUUUGGAACAAAGAAAAUAUGUAUUUUCUUGAAUGGAAGUUCUUUUAAUCUUUGUGUGGGUGUAUGCAUAGAACAUUCCAUUUAUAUCUUCUGCCUUGUUUUGUGCUUGGAAGCUCACAGUGAAAGUGAACUUUCCAUUGGCUAAUUGGAUGCUACGUUGUUAGCACCAGUUGACAAGUGGGUUUGUCUCCUUGAGUUUCAUUGCGUUAUGAUACAGAUAAGCUUGGAUGCUUCGCCUGUAAACUCAGUAUCUGCCAUAGCAAAAGCUGUGCCUUGGUAAAUGUAAAGGCAGUUCAGUGCUGCACACAGUUGCUAGGCUGUCAUCUUAUGCAAAGUACUAUCUUGUUAUCUAAGGGCACUUCCCCAUAGCAGCUUUGCCCAGUAAUAGUUGCACCAAAUGAAAAGGGUAACAGAAACUACCUCAAUGUAAAGGUAUCUCCCAGCACAGGGAGAUCUGGCAGAAUCUGUGCCCCCAAUGCAGAUCCUUCCGGUCUGUUUACAGUAGCAGCAGUCGGGGAUUUGCAGAGACCUUGUGUAGAUGGUGGGUGCCUGGCAUUAUGAUCUCUGGCACAUGGAAAACUUCUCCAUCUUGAAGGUCUUAAAGCAAGCAAUUAACCUGCAUUUGUUAACUUUCUAAAUUUCCAGAUAAGGUAAUGCAUCUCUGAACACAUCUCCCAACGAUCUUGUGGAAUACUGUGGUCAUCUCACAGUUCCACAGAUUUAAAGCCAAGUAAGCUAUUUAUACUGACAAAUAGGAGCCAGUGCUGCAGCCAAGGCUGGACAUUGCAAUCAAGGGCACAGUUAAACAUGAGAAAAAGUCUCUGAAGGCAGGAUUGAAUUUGUGGGAUGACACAGAGGCAGCCUUUGUGUAGCUGGGACUUCCACACAGUAACUAUGCCAGGAUUGACUUUCCACAUAUUUUUUGGCAUUUCUCUCUUCCCCACCUCCGGCUAUGUAAGUUGCAUCCCUCUCAUGCCUUUUUAUACACCUUGCUUAUUUAUGGGUCUGUUGUCUCUCAUUCUUAUCCCUGUAUUGUUUUUAUGUAUAUAGUGUAUUUUUUUAUAUAUAUAUGACGUGAAAAAUGUCUAUUUAUCCCAAUAAAAUUAGGCAUAUGGAUACUGUGUUGUAAGAUGAUGUAGCUGGUGACAGUGUAUGUUCCUGUUGUGCAUCCUGUCCCGGGGAUGAUUGUGUGACUGCUACCUAAUAAAGACAAUAGUACACAAGGUCUGAUAUUCUCAUUAACAAA